AUGUUGAACGAAAGUCUUACAAACCCAUUGUUCGGAAAAGGCAAGUGCAACAUUGUCAGAGCUGUAAACAUUCUUUUCGAGAAAGGUUUGUUGGAACCAAUUCCAGAUGACAAGCUGACAGAAACUUUUGUACCAAAAGACGAAACAAACUUUUCACUGUUAGCAAGACCAAAAGUUGUUCCAGACAAAGUUCUAGUACAAAAGAAGUACACAAUUCCACAAGGAGUUGGAUUGUUCGGAUACCAACCUGAACCAGAAGAACUUCCAAUGAGGUUGCAAGAACUUCAAGAUGCUAUAAACAAACUUCCAUUGAGACAUCCAAUUGACGUCAAAUUGUAUUGGAGAGCAUCUGAGUUAGGUCAGAAGGUUUUAUAUGAAACAGGUUGCUUCGACGAUGUUUAUGAGAUAACAGGAGAAGUUUCUCAGAAGAUAAGAGACUCACUUGAAUUUCCACAAACUGGACCAAUUGGUUGCGACAAGUUCGACUCAGAUGAAAAGAUAUACUAUGUCGACCUUAACGCUGCAUACAUGAGGUUUGUCCAAUAUAUUCCGACUGGAAUUCCAAACGAAGAUGGUGAGUUCCCGGGAAGGAACUAUACAGUUGGAAAAGUCAUACAACAACUGUAUGAUAUUAGGAAAGCUUCAAACCCCAAACUUGCAAUGACACUCAAAUUGCUUAUGAAUUCGACAUGGGGAUAUUCCAUUAAGAAACCUCAAGAGAUGAAGAGUAAACAUUAUGAGAAGGUCGACAACUUUGUUGAAAGGUUUUCUCCUUUUGUUUUGAAGUACGAAUUCACUCAAGGUCAAAGUGGCUUAGUAACCACAUUAAAACCUAUUGUCGAACAUUGGUCUUACCCUCAGUUCGCAAAAGCA